AUGUAUCAAACCAUUAUCCCUGGAUCGAGACCUCAGAGCGGCGGUUUGACAAACCGAGUGGGCUCGAGAGAUAAUUCCUCCAAUUCGCCCAAAAUCCCUAUCCGUUCUUUGUAUGUCCAGCGUGCGGUCUGGAUCACGGCCGGAGGGGGAAUGGCCGCGACGUUGCAGGGAGUGUAUAUGAUGUUGCGGUCGUUUCGGGGGUUUAAAUAUUUCUGA